AUUACCAUCACCAGGGGAACACGCACAUCCAGUCACUCCCAGGAGAAUACAGUACAUCUGUUUGUGUAUUACGGUGGGGAGAAGUGACCCUUGACACCAGCUAGGAGAUGAGGGUACACUGGCAAACUUGGCUCGUCGAGGCACUGAUGAUGGCAGCUGGCAUCUUAGCAAUCUUACUCAUUUAUUCUCUGGCCUCUGUGCUGAUGCCAGUUUUGUUUGUCGAGGGCACACUACUUGCCUUAUCUCAGCACACGGGGGAUAGCCUUGCCUUACUCCAGGACUCGAAGAAGAAUCUUGCCUCACCCCUACGCACGGAGGACAGAUCUAUCUUAUUCCAAGACGGAUGUAAGGGGUUCACAGUGGUGGGUCAUCGUGACUUCUUGCUGCCAGUCAUUUUCGCCGUAAAAGUGAUUAACUCACCUUUCCACCUGGCGCUGGAGGUGCAGGGGGCUCAUGGCCUUUUGUUAGACUGCAUCAACUUUACAUAUCCAGGAGUUACAGUCGAAGGUCUUCACCACGACGAUCUCUACGUUUCAUGGGGCCUCGACAAAUGCGUCACUAACACAACCUCCAAGAACCAGACGCCCACCGGCAUCCAAAAAGAGGACUUUACUGUGGUUCUGAAGGGUACGGGUCGCUCCCUGACGGUAAAUAUAAAUGGACGAGCCAACCUGACCUAUCCGAGAAACUUUGAUGACGAUGUAAGAAAUAUUCGAUUGGUAGCGUCACCUAAUCUACGAGUUAGGCUCCCCGUCCCCAGCCUAGAGCAGGGAUGUGUGGUCGGGUCAUACUUCAUGUGUAAGACUAAAAACAAAUACGCCCACCUCACCAUGCAAAAUUAUGACAAGGUGUACAUCAGAAAGAUAUAUGCCAACGAAUAUUUUUCCAUAAGUGAUCCCUGCACCAAAGAGGACAAAGAGGCAGUCUUACAACCCUCAUACUUCGAACGGUCGGACUGGGUCCCAGCACAGGUGCAAGUUCGAAAGACAAGCAUACAGUAUCUCAUAAACCUGAUAAUUGGAGGGGAAGUCCGAGGAGAAUAUCAAUCAUUUUACCGUACCUAUGACUUAGACUGCGGAAAAAAAAGGAUGAAAGGGAUAAGAGUCAGCUUUAAAGCUGACUUUUCAUUGAACUGCAACCCUGAACCCCAGCUUGAAGAGGAAGAGCACGAUCCUUACAGGAGUUAUUACAUCACUCGUCUUCAGGUGAUCUUGGUGGUUGUGUGGGUGAUAGUUAUAUGGAGUGUCAUCUUCCUGGUGAUGGUGGCGAGGAAAGUCAAGGCAGCGAUAAACAACACGGCCAGUGUUACCGCAAGCGGUACAUAAUUAUGAUGACAUAUAAACAAAUGUUAUGUUAGGCUGUAACUCACAAUGUAGAG